AUGGAACUUGUGCCUGAAGAUUGUUUUGCACACAUUUUAUCAUUUACAUCACCAAUCGAUGUUUGUAGAGUUUCUCUAAUCUCUUCAGCUCUUCAAUCCAUGGCAGAUUCAGAUCAUGUUUGGGAGAAAUUCUUACCACAUAAUUAUCAACAAAUUGUUUCUAGACUGGUGGGUCCCCCUUUGUCAUUUUCCUCAAAGAAAGAGUUAUUUGUCACGUUAUGCAAACCGCUGCUAAUUGACGACGGUAACAAGAUGUUUUGGAUUGAGAAAAGAAGAGGCAAAAUAUGUUACAUGUUAGGUGCAAGGGAGCUAUCAAUCACAUUUGGAAACACUUCUCUCUAUUGGUCAUGGAAACAUGUUGAAGGCUCAAAGUUUGCAGAAGCUGCUGAACUCAGAACCAUUUGGUGGCUAGAAAUCAAGGGAACCAUUAACAUUGAAAUGCUAUCUCCAAAAACAACAUACAAAGCAUAUUUAAAAGUGAAAAUUGCAUAUCGUGCUUAUGGGUUAGAUUUGUUACCUUCAGAGGUUUCUAUUGAGGUUGGUGAUUUUAAAUCAUGUGAAAAGGUUUAUAUACAUUCGCACUGCAAAAGAAAUGGAAAAUUCUCUUCUCAUUGUAAGUGUGAGUGUGAUGAAGAAUGGUUGGAGAUUGAGUUGGGGAGUUUCUACACUGAAUCAUCAGUUAAAGUUGAAGAGGUGAGAAUGUGUCUUAAGGAAGUUGAAGGUGUGCACUUGAAAGGCGGGUUAAUCAUUGAUGGAAUUGAACUAAGACCUGUUUGUUAAUAAUAAUUAAUUUAUAUUGUUUAGUAGUAGUUUGUUAGAAUAAUCACUUUCAUUUUUUCAUAGUUCGUUAUUAAGUCGUCGUUCAUGACCUUAUAUAAAUUAAUAGGUGUCAUCUUGUAUUUUUUAUUCUUAAAAAAAAGAGUGCAAUAAGAAUGAAGGGUUAUUCACACAUUAUUUGCAAUAAUGCUUUUGUA